AGUAAGUGAUGAGCCGGGAUCCAAAUUUAUCUGUCAAAGCCUUGUUCGCUCUGCGAUAUCAGUCCUCCAGGUCAGAGCCCCUGAGAAAAUGGAGUCAGAAGAAGGAGCCAUAUUGUAGAAAGGAAUAUCAUUGGACAAGCAAGAACAGGAUAGUCAAGCAUCACUAAGAGGAGAAACUUUCCAGAAGGAAGUGGCUGUUCAGAAACCCGGGUUUCAGGUAAAAACGAUACCUGACAAUGUCGAGCAAAACAGCAAGCACCAACAACAUCGCCCAGGCACGGAGGACUGUGCAGCAGUUGAGAAUGGAAGCCUCCAUCGAGAGAAUAAAGGUUUCAAAGGCAUCAGCAGACCUCAUGUCCUACUGUGAGGAGCACGCCAGGAGUGACCCUUUGCUGAUCGGGAUACCAACCUCAGAAAACCCUUUCAAGGAUAAAAAAACUUGCAUCAUCUUAUAGAGGAACACAGAAACAGUCCCUCACCUCUUCUCAACAAAGCAAAUUGUGAGCAGCUCCUGGGAAGAAAUUUACCUUCAGCUUAUUUGGUAACCACUGCUAAUAACUAAAAUACUCUGACUUGGAAUGAUUGACUCUGAUGUCUUUAUUUUCCAAGUUGCCCUUUCUCUAAAACACCUGUUACUGAUUUAAUACAGAAUUACAAAUCAUCUUUUCCAUUUGAUAACUACGGCGUCAUAUUGGAUUAUUGCUUUAGAAAAGUUGGUUUGGGCCAUUUAAAAAAAAGCAUGAUUAUAUACUUUUAAAUAUAUGAAUAACCCAGUCAUAAAGAUGAAAAUGCCAAGAAUAACUUAGUAUGUUUUUAAUAGGGUUGUGCCAACCUCUACAGUGUACAUGGGUGAGGAGUGUUUUGUGUGUAUAUAUACGUCUUUGUAUAUACACAUAUCAAUGCUUAUUUCCUUAUUAAACUUUCUCUCUCCAUGCCAUCAGUUCAACUGCAGAAGUUAUACCUUUGUCUUGAGCUGUAUGUAGAUAGAAUAAAAGUUUUUCAUAUAGUUAUUGUACAAAAGGUAUCCACUGUAAUUGAGUCAUGAAGAAAUGUUGGCUGACCUCUUAGGCUAAAAUCAACUAUACCGAUUAAAAUUUAAAAACGGAACUAAAAACCUUCUUAUGAGGCAUUCACAAGGGAACCUAAAAAGGCUCCUAUGAUCCUGAGUCUGGAGAAGCGGGGGGAGGCCUCUGGGGCUCAUGUUUUCUGGAUUAUGAGGAGACACCUCUGCCACCCUAAUGCCUAGAGUGAGACAGAGUGUGCAUGGGCCCCUGCCAAAGAGGAGCAGGAAUGUGUGAAAACCAGCUGCUUUUCUCAGCCAGACUUUGUGAUUUCACUCUCUCUGCCCUGCCCUUUGUCUUUCCUCUCCCACUAGAACAUCUGUUUCCAGAGCCCAAGUGGGUAGAACACGGUGGGACUGAAACAUAUGAAACACAAUGGUAUCAGGCCCUUAAGCACCUUUCAAAUACCUAUAGUGCCAGUGUGUUCCCUACCUUGUCCACAAACCACCUGAAGCAGGCUUGGAGUCAGGGGUACACAACUUGGGUUUUAGGGCUCCAGCAGUGGGUUCCUGGAUUUUCCUUUGGACAUGCAUGCAGCCCUCACAUCCUUGGAAUUUCCAGGGGGCACCUCAAGGAAUCGCCUGUGCCCAGAGAGUAUUGUAACUUUAUCAGAGAGAGAGAAAGGUCCUUUAAAAAAAAAAAAAAAAAAAAGUGCUCACUUAAGAGGUCAAACCAUACACAAGCCUUUGAUGUUUUAAUUCAUCUUUAGUUCAUUAAAAAUAACUACUGAUGAAGGAUUAAAACCUCCUUUUCCAAAAGGAGUCAGCCCCACGAUGGAAUUAUUUAUGAUGGUUUUCCCUAGUUCUGUAUAAUCUUGCCCUGCAACACAAGCCCCUUUUAAAACCUAAUGUCUGUUUUUGAGCAUUAAGCUGAUUGUGGGUGAACAAUUGUAGUGCUAUUUUUAAACUGCUCAAAUACAGACAGUAUUUCCCCAGUUACCUACCUGUUCAGUAUUGUGAACUGCCCGGACUUUUCCAAGGUCACGUGAAAAUCACGCCAUGGGCCUUAACCUCUUGUCAUCUGCCUCUGGGUUUUGCAAUAUGACCAGUUUCCAAGUAAAUUAUGGGCACCUGUUUAGGAGAGAUAAAGGUGAAAUUUGAAAUGUGCACUAAAAAGACAACAUUACAUUUAAUGCUUCACUUAAUGAGACAUUUUCUUUUAAUAAGUAUAUUUUUCUACUGAUAGUUUCAGAACACUAAUCUUAUUUUCACUCUGAUUUUUAACAUGUUUCUUUAAAUAUUUAUAAUACAGCUUGUUAAAUAUUUUUAUGAAAUUUAUUAUACCUUUUCAUUAUAUGUGCACUUUUUCAGUAGCAAGCAUAGUUCAUUCUUGAGUACUAAAUUAUGUUCUUUUACCAAAAGAGAACAAAUAUGUUUUGCUCUCUGUUUGUUAAAGUGCUUAUAGUGGUAAGGAAUAGACUUGAGGUCCCUGGAGAGUUCAGCUUUUGCUGGUCAGAUAACAUAAAGGCUAGGAGUAUAAAUGUCAUGUAACUUCCUAACGAGGUAUAGGGCAUGUUUAAGAAAAGUGAAAUCACAUCCUUUGAUGCUGGACCCAGUGGAGAAAAAUUGUAGCUAAACGUUGAUUUACUUUCAACUAGACGUCUAUGUGAGAAAGUAUACAUAUAGGAUAUGUAGAAGUCACUUAUCAGGCUUUAUUUUACUUAUGAAACACCAUUUUUAACUGUUCUACAGCAGCUGGUUUAUGAUAAUGGACAAAUGCCCAGUAUGUGUAAUUGUUUUUCCAGCUACCACUAUAAAAACAUACUUAAUCGCAUAUAUACAUGCAACUUCUUGGCUUCAUAUCUGUGAAGCUAUUUAAAUGUGUUCAUUAUACUUUUGCCUUUAAUGCUGUUUUUCUUAAUGGUGAUCUCUUUCAUUCUUAAUGUUCAUUAGUGCAUAAAUCUGUCCAAUUGAGGCCUCAGGACCAUGGCAAGAUAUGCUAGAUAAUGUUUCAAGACUCCAGAGUACUUUACAGCAACACAUUAUUCCAGUUCAUUCACCAAGUAGAGGUUGUGGCUACUUUUUCUUCUACAAAGAAUCGGGUUUUUACAUUUCCUUACCUUAUGAAAAUGAAAGUGCCAUAAUUAUCUUUUAAAGGAAGGACCUGCCUUCUCUCCAUACUGUUUUUGUACUUUACUAAUCUUUCAACUAUCAAAAAAAAUUAUACCAGUGAUUUAAUAACUUUGAGGCACAGGUUAAUUGAAGUAGUAGACAAUGUGCUGAACUUUGGCUUCAGAUGCCUUCUUCUCAGCUGAUUUACAACUAAGUGUCAUCUGAUUACUCCAACUAUUGAUUGAAGAUCUGUAGAGGCCCAAAAAUUGAACUACAUGUCAGUCCUUCUCAAUAAAACAUAAUACUGGAGUGUGUUAUGAAUUGUAUUUAUUUCUUUUAUGGUAGAUCUGUUAACAGGAACAAAAUACGUGAAUCAAAUAGAAUUUAGUGUAAAUUAAAAUAGAGCACUUACCAAAAGUUGGGUGGCCUGGAUCAUAGCCUUGGCUCCUUUUUUAGCCAAUGUGGUGUCCCUGUGUUGUGUGACUCCGAACAAGGCACUUCAUCUCACUGGGCCUCCGUUCUACCAUCUGUAAAACAAGGGGCUUGAAGUAGAUGAUGGUGGAGAUCCACUCUCCGAAGCCUCAGUCCAAUGGCCUACCCCGCUACAGGGCCUGCCAACGUGUUGGUGCUAUAAGCUGCUUCAAAAUAUAAAAUGGUUUGUCUAUCAUAUAUGCUCAUUUAAUAGCUUAUGAAAGGACUUUUUGUUAUAAAGCCUUUUCUGGUUUUAUAGACUUGAUUAUUGUAAUGUCUUGUUUUUAGCCAUGUAACUCUAAACAUCAUUCACUUGAUGUCCCAGUAAUCUGCGUUUGAUAUAUAGUUGAUGGGAUUUUGUUAUUUUAUAGCAUUCUUUGGCUACUCAUCUGUCCAGCAUCUUAUUAACCUAAGCACUGUGAUCAUUGUUUGGAAAUCUGUCCUAUGGAAAAAAUAGAAACAUUUACUUCACAUGUAACUUCACAGAUUCAAAAGAAGUUUCAUUAAAACAUCCUUCUCUUUAUUCGAUCAGUGCCUCACUGUAUCAUCCUACUUGUGUUUUGCUCAAUAAAUUAAUAGAAGACCA